GGCAGAGCUAUUGGAUCAAGAUCGCUCGACUCUAAGUUUAGGCUUGGUAAAUCAGACUUGUAUCGUCUUGAUCCAACAACUCCAGAGUUGUUGACUAAUUGAAUGCAUGAAAAUUGUGACGAAAAACAAUCUAUUCAAUAAACAACAUUAUUCAGUAUUUUUAAUUCUGCUUGCGUCAAAAAAAAUAAAAAAUGCCUACCAGCAUAUCACAAUUCAAAUCUAUAGACUGCACACGAGACAUGGACUUAAUAGCACCAUCUUUCUGUUUAAAAGCUCGCUCAUACUUAAUUUGUUAAAUAAACGUAAGCACCAAUCAUAUAAGUUUUUUUAAUAUCAAACACAUUAGGACUUUUUUAAUCUUCGGAGAUAGAAAAGGUAAAAACGGCUAUGUCCAUGCAUGAGAGCAAGAUCAAUUUACUGAGAGAUUGACACGUAUAACUUGUGACAUUUUUUACGAAUCACAAAGGCCUAAGUUGGCGUUGGGAGAGAGAGAGAGGGUAAAAAAAAAAAAAAGGAAUUAAGUUAAAACUUAAAAGUGUAUGACGUAAACUGAAUCAAGAACAAGAAACAAAGAAAAUGCAAUCUAGGAAAAUAGUGAAUGAUGGUUUAGUCGCUGAGAAGAAGGAAGAUAAUAAUGAUCAGAACGUGCAUGUUGAUUCUGCCACUGCCCUUCAACAAUUUCUUGAUCACAUACCCAUUAGUUCAAUAUCCGGCAUAAACAAUUCACAUGUGUUGGAAAUAAAAUCUGGAGGCACUAUAAGGGAUGCAAUUCAUAUGUUGUACGAAAAGGACACAUUUGGUGCUGUCAUUGUGGAUGUUUUGAACACUGAAACAUCAAGCAUAAGGUUUUCUGAUCGCUAUAUUGGUUUCAUUUCUUUUCCAAACAUGGUUCUUUGGUCUCUUGAGGAAUGUGAAAAGAUAAGAGAAGAUGCCGCUGAUAACCAUAUCAAGGAUAUAGAGAACCAAGGUUUAUUCUCUAUCUUGGACCGGAUUCCUCAGAUUGGCCAAACCAAGGUUGGCGAAUUGGCCAAGUCAUUCCUCUGGGAACCAUUUUUCCCGGUACGGUUGAAUGACACGAUUUUGCAUGCAUUGCUACUUCUUUCUAAGCACAGGCUGCAAGUUUUGCCUGUCAUGCAACAACUUGAUGCUGCACUCAUCGGCUUUGUUACACAGAAUGCCCUAGUCCAACUACUUCUUCAAUCAAGCGAACUAGAGUGGUUCAAUAAUGUUGCAGACAAGAACUUAUCAGAUUUCCGAUUUGAAGGCCAAGAACAUCUUAGUUGUGUGUUUGGAGACCAAACUGUUGCAGAUGCUUUGAAGUUGCUUUGGCAGAACCAAACUUGUGCAGUUGCAGUUGUAGAUAGACAAACCAAGAAGCUCAUUGGUAAUGUGAGGAACAGUGACAUUUAUAAUCUUGUAAAGAAUGAUGACCUACUUAGAAAUAGAAAGAUUUUAACAGUCGAAGAAUUUGUUCACACAAAGACCGACAAGACAGACGCUGAACCAACCAUUAAACAUGAUCAUGGUACUAAUCACACGGCAGGAAGUCUCCACCUGAAAAACAGCUUCACAUCGAGAAUGGAUUCACCGGUAACCAACAGAGCAAACCAAACGCUCAAGCAAGUAAUGGAGCAUAUGACACAGACUAAUAGCAGUUUCAGUUUUCUGAUAAAUGAUAAUGAACAAGUUACAGGUGUGAUAACAGUGAGAGAUGUCAUUCUGCAAUUUGCACCUCCAUGUGUGAAUUCUAGUAUUGGUGGAGGUGGAUUUUUUGAAUUGGCAUUGGAGCAGAGUGGAUGUAGAAUUAACAAUGGAACUAUCAUUCGCAAUCGUUGAACAAGGUAUGCGCCGAUGCAUUUAUUUAGAGAAAAUAUAUGCAUUAGGCAAUGGAAUGUUGCCCACGACAAACAUGAAGAUAUUUUUCAGGAAUUUGGAUUUCGUACAAUUAAAAAUGACAGUGGAGAUGAUCUUAGUUGUUGGUAUAAAUUGGAUGGUUGAAAACUGAUUUAUUAAAUUACCAAUGCAGUCUUCCAAUCUUGUAUUUAUUGCACUGAUGCUAUCAUUUUUUGUAUUUAUAAUACUAGUAGACAUCAUUAACUUCUAAUCUUUGUCUAAGAUGGCCCCAGAACAUCUGGGUUUGAGAUGACAAAAUUACUCGCCUUUGAAUAUAUGUGGUUAAACUGUUGCAGGAUGGGUUUGAAUAGUUUAAUGGAUAUUGUUUUUGAACUCAUGUUAAAGAUAACUCAUCCUACCAUGAUCCUAGAUUGACUAUCCACCAUAUCCCUGACCAUCUCA